AUGGCACCAAGACCAGUCAAUGUUCGUGUGGUUACAAUGGAUUCGGAACUUGAAUUUGCCAUUCAACCGAAUACCACUGGUAAACAACUAUUCGAUCAAGUUGUGAAAACGAUUAACCUUCGUGAAAUUUGGUUUUUCGGUUUGUUAUUCACAGAUUCGAAAGAUUUUCCCUGUUGGUUGAAAUUGAACAAAAAAGUUCUUAGUCAAGAUCUUAAGAAAACACAUGAUCAACCAUUGUCAUUUAAAUUUCGUGCGCGUUUCUAUCCUGAAGAAGUCUCCGAAGAACUUAUACAAGAUACUACUCAAAAACUCUUUUUUCUUCAAGUUAAAGAUUCAAUUCUUAGCGAUGAAAUCUAUUGUCCACCUGAAACAUGCAUCCUCCUCGCAUCCUAUGCUAUGCAAGCUAAACAUGGAGAUUAUAAUGAAAGUGUUCAUCGUCCAGGAACAUUACAGAACGAACGGCUUUUACCAAGACGAGUUAUGGAUCAAUAUCAAUUGUCAAUUGAUGAAUGGGUGAAACGUGUAGUGAACUGGUGGAAAGAGCACAGAGGUUUAGUAAAGGAAGAUGCUAUGCUUGAAUAUCUAAAAGUUGCUCAGGAUCUUGAAAUGUAUGGUGUUAAUUAUUUUGAUAUUAAGAAUAAAAAAGGCACUGAACUUUACCUCGGUGUCGAUGCACUUGGUCUUAAUAUUUACGAUAAAAAAGACAAAUUAACACCGAAAAUAGGAUUUCCAUGGAGCGAAAUACAGAAUAUAUCGUUCAAUGAUAAGAAAUUCGUUAUAAAACCGAUGGAGAAGAAGUCUCCUCCUUUCAUUUUCUAUGCACCAAGAUUGCGCAUCAAUCGACGAAUUCUCUCGUUAUGUAUGGGUAAUCAUGAAUUGUACAUGCGCCGUCGAAAGCCCGAUCCGACUGAUGUUCAAGAAAUGAAAGAAAAAGCAAACGAAGAAAGAGCAAUACGACAACGAGAACGCGAACGAAUUCAACGUGAAGCUGAACUUCGUCGGCAAGCUGAAAACGAUCGUGAAGAAAUGGGAAGACGAGUGCAGGAUCUGGAGAGAACGACAGAUGCUGCCAGGCGAGAAAAACCGCCUCGAUUGUUUUUAAAAACGUCUGAUGAGGAAGAACCAAUCGAAGAGCAAAAUCAUAUGGCAAGGGAAUUAGAGGAAAAACGUCGAGAGGCCGAAAGUGCCGAACUUCGCUUGAAACAAGAACGCGAAGAAGCAGAACGAGAACAUCAAAGAAUGAUGGAUCGAAUCAAUUAUGAACAAGAAGAAAGAGACAAAAUGCAACUAUGGCGUUUGAAUAACCCUGUUUGUUCAUGGAGAAUGAUAGACAAUGCACUGCUUUAUUGCAAAUUUGCAAGAAAAAAACCGAAUUCCGAGGAAAACGCCCAAGAGGCUCAACAAAAAGAGACUGAAGCAAGUCAACUCGAACAAGAGCUACGCGAAGCGAACAAAAGAGUUCUCGAUGCGAAAGAAAACAGCAACGACAAUGGUCAUUUUGAUCACGAAUACGCCAGCCACCUUACAGAAGUCCCCGAAAGCGACGAUGAAGAAAACAGUACAACAAGUCGUAACGGUCACGGAGUGGAAUUGUAUACGGAUGCGAGUGCAUCACGUCACGAAGAAAAUCGUGUCAGUGUAGCGAAUCGUAAUCAAGAUAUCAAACGCAGACUUCAAGAAGAACGAAAUGAUCUCGGUCGACGACAACAAAGGGAGGAUACUCACGAAGAUAAAAUCUACCGAGAAAACAUCGCCGACAAAGGUAUCGACAAGUACAAGACAUUGAAGAAGAUUCGCGAAGGAACUGUUAAACGCCGUAUUGAUGAAUUCGAAGCGAUGUGA